AUGCAACACAACAAGAUGGCAUCAGCUACAUUUGUAGUUGAAGACGUAUCUGCGCAGCUUCCAAAUGACGUCUACCAAGAGCAAUUCGACUUCACUGAGCUCAUCCGCGAUGUCGUUGAUUCUGUCGAUAGUCAGACCCCGGACAGCACGGUACAAGCCCAGGUCCAGUUGCUCCUCGCCCUUGUCGGUAGAGAUCUACUGAAACUUCACGCGCUCGUCAAUGUCGUCAACGCUAAGAUUGUGAGUCAAUCGAGCUGGGCCACAGUGGGCGUAAAGCUCUACAGGGCUUUGUUCGACACAAUCGAUCCGGAUCUGGAGCUCGAAGUCGUCAACGCCAAAAGUAUCGUGGGUGCCGACAUCGCGGGCAAGUACAUCCUCGAGGCUGCCGGGGAGUUCAUCGCUCGACCGAUCUGGGAACCCGGAUCCGUCAACGUACUGGAUUUCUCGCUCAGCCUCCUCAGAGCCUUUUCUGUCGGACAACGCGGAUCGGCAAUAGCGGUGAACGUGGGUUGCGGCCUGUUGGAGAAGAUGGCCACCUCUCUCUACCUGCCCUUCCACAACAAUUACGACACGUUCUUUCCGUUCGCGUACAAAGCUAUUCCACUGCUCGACACCGCCAAUGAGAACAUGAAGUCUAGCCGUGUUACCGAUAUUCUGAUGGCUUUGAAGAAGGAAAACUAUGAGAGGACGGAGCAAGAGAAGGCCCUGAUCAAGCACAUGUGCGACAUACUCGGCAGGUCUGACCAGUAUCAACAACACACAGAGUCAGGGUAUACCUGUACCUGGGAAGAUACCGACUCUGAUGCGGCCGAGGACACAGUCUCUGCCAAGGUCGAGUAUGUAUACGGCAGGGGUCGAUUCAGCGUCAUUCCGCCUGAGGAACUUGACCAGGCAGUUGAAACUAGCUCGAAGCUAUUUACCACAACACAGGAUUGGGAAUUGCCAGCUAUCGAACGGCUGCUCAAGAGCAUCUCCGAAGCCAUGAAGAUUGGCGCACCAACCUGGGUACAGACCAUUACGCUCGACAUGAUAGAGAUCAUGGUCAAGUCGGACUAUGUCUUCUUGCACAAGAACAUGCAGAUACUGGUCGGCUUCAUCUUUCCUGUUGCACCGGCGCUUGACGCUAUGGCUGACAAUCAUCAUUGUGAGCGAUUGACGACACUGUUCGAUGCGCUCAGCACCCACAACGGUGUACAAACCGUCCAGGAUCAUGAUACCAUCGAAGAUAUCCGCCGAAAGUUGGGUAGAGGCGUGCACAGUGCAGCGACACAGCCCAUAGGCGAUAUGCUCGAAGAGGAUGACCUCCUAGGUGCUAUCUCCCAGCUCGAGAUCGAUUGA